AUGUACGUCGUGUACCGACCAACCGCCAAGAAAACCCAACCCGUCGCCACAGAAAAAUUCGUGGAGCUCAACUGUGACAUGACUCUCCCAGGGUUAUCGUCCUUCCUGGCCUACAACCUCGUCCUUGUCUCCCUUUGUUCCGUCUUCGCCUUCAAGACCCGGAAACUUCCGGACAACUUCAACGAGUCCCGGUUCAUCUCGAUGUGCGUGUCCACCACGCUGGUCAUCUGGCUGGCCUUCAUCCCCACCUACUUCACGGCUGGACGUGAGUACGUCCGUGUGCUGCUGCUCUCUGUCUCGCUCAUCCUCAACCACACGGUGGCGCUGGUCUUUCUCUUCCUGCCCAAGGUCUUCGCCGCCGUCUACCUGCCGGAGGAAAGUGUCACCGUGACCCGCUUCAACACAGCUCUGACGUCACGAGCGUUGACCUCUACCAACCGGAUAGCACCCAUGAACUCUGACCCUAGUACAUCGCUUGAAGGAUUUUAAUAUUGU